AUGGAAAAUGGCAAGAUUGCAUUGCUGCAUAAAUUAUUGUUCUUUCAUUUGGGGAGAACAACAGCAAAAAAAUGUAUCACUGCAUAUAAUUAUAUAUUUUUUUAUUGUUUCGUUUGAGAAGUCAUCUCAAAAACUUGUGCUUCAAGUUUCAUCAGGGGUUCCAAACACCUUGAAACAAUAAAAGAACUCUGCCUGCUGAGUGUUUCUCGGUGUUUGGAACCCCUGAUGAGAUCCUCGCACUUGUUUUUUAUAUAUUACUUCUUACUUCUCCUGUGA